UCAGCCCACCAUGGAGGUCCUGGGAGGGACCACAAUUUUCUUGCUGGUAUGCAUCUCGUGCCUUCUCUUUGCCGCAUGGAGAAGCAGAUCUCAAAAAGGGAAGGAGCCUCCUGGUCCCACUGCAUUCCCCAUUGUUGGAAAUCUGCUCCAGAUAAACCCAUGGAAUUUGCCUGAAAGCAUGAAAGAGCUCAGUAAGAAGUAUGGUCCUGUCUUCACGGUACAUUUGGGCCCACAAAAAGUUGUGGUGCUGUAUGGCUAUGAUGUUGUAAAAGAAGCUCUGAUUGAUCAAGGAGAUGACUUCAGUGGAAGAGGCACUCUACCACUGAUUAAAAAACUCUUCCAAGGCACAGGCAUUGUGACCAGCAAUGGGGAGACCUGGAGGCAGCUGAGACGAUUUGCACUCACCACCCUGCGGGAUUUUGGGAUGGGGAAAAAGGGCAUUGAGGAGCGGAUCCAGGAGGAAGCUCAUUUUCUGGUGGAGAGGCUCAAGAACACACAUGAGAGACCCCUCGACCCUAGCAGUUUCCUAAUCCAUGCUGUUUCCAAUAUCAUCUGCUCCAUCGUCUUUGGGGACCGGUUUGACUAUGAAGACAAGGGAUUUCUAGAUUUAAUUGAUUGGAUAGAGGAAAACAACAGGCUCCAGGCCUCUAUACAAACACAGCUAUAUAAUUUCUUCCCAACUGUCAUGGAUUAUUUACCUGGACCUCAUCAAACACUGAUAAAAAAUUUUGAAAAAGUUGAUAAAUUUACAACAGAUAUCGUAAUGGAACACCAGAAAACCCUGGAUCCCACAUGUCCUCGAGAUUUUAUUGAUUCUUUUCUUAAUAAAAUGGAACAGGAGAAAGGGAAUCAUGACUCAAAAUUCACCGUUGAGACCUUGAGCAGGACCACACUCGACUUGUUCCUUGCAGGAACAGGAACCACGAGUAUCACAUUGAGAUUUGCAGUUCUGAUUCUCCAUAAAUACCCAGAGAUAGUAGAGAAAAUGCAAAAGGAGAUUGAUUCCGUGAUUGGCCGAGACCGAAGCCCCCGCAUGUCGGAUCGGAGCCAGAUGCCCUUUACAGAUGCUGUGAUCCAUGAAGUCCAGAGAUACAUUGAUUUCCUUCCUAUUAAUGUCCCACAUUCUGUAAUCAGAGACACCAAGUUCAGAGACUAUUUUAUCCCCAAGGACACUCUGAUAUUCCCUAUGCUGAGUUCUGUCCUACAUGAUAGCAAGGAAUUUCCAAAUCCAGAAAAAUUUGACCCAGGACAUUUCUUGAAUGCAAAUGGUACCUUUAAAAAGAGUGACUACUUCAUGCCAUUUUCUGCAGGAAAACGUGUCUGUGCGGGAGAAGGUCUGGCCCGGAUGGAGAUAUUCAUAUUUUUAACAUCCAUCCUGCAGAACUUUACUUUGAAGCCUACUGUAGAUCACAAAGAUAUUGACAUUACCCCAAUAAUCACCAGUCUGGCAAAUAUGCCCCGAUCCUAUGAGAUCUCUUUCGUUCCACGUUAGCCAAGUGAAGAGAGUUUCCAGCUCCCAAACUCAUGAGUGCUCUGGUUGAACGUCAGUCAUUCCCCAAUCUGUUGAGAAUGAAACACUCAGACCACCUGGUACUUUAUGGAGAGAAGAAUGCUUAGAAAAUAAAAUAGUUUGGUGCUUUUAUAAUCAUCACAGCCAGCUCUUAACAGAGUAAGCAAUCACACAGGGAAGGACACAGCUCCCUGUGAAAAAUUACAGAUUCUUCUCUGCAUCUACCUCACCCAGCUCAGGUUCCUGUCUGGCUCCUGACAUGCCAGGCUGGCUUCACUAGUUCUCUGAGAGCCCUGCUGCUGCUGUGCCUAUCACCUGAGGGCCUCCAGCAAGAACAGAAGCUUG